CUCGGCUUCUUCUCGCUCGGCAUGUUCCUGCCCCACGCCAACGAGCCGGGAGCCAUAACGGGCCUGGCCACAGGGCUCGCCUUCUCCAUGUGGGUCGGCUUCGGCGUCCCCCGGCCGGACGCAGUAAGGCUGCCCACGAGGACGGAUGGCUGCGACUUCAACAUAACGGCCACACCGCUGCCGCCCACCCAGGACCCAAGCGAGUACUUCUACCUGUACCGCGUGUCGUACCUGUGGGUCGUCGUGCUGGGAUUCCUGCUGACACUCGUCGUGGGCGCCGUUGCGUCGUGGGUGGCGGGCAUCGCCUGCGAGGGGGACCGCAGCGUGCCGCCACCAGACCCCGACCUCUUCGUGCCGCCAGUCCGGAGGGCGCUGCUCGUGAGGAGAGGGGCAGGGGCUCCAACUCGCUGCAGCUGACACGUGUGGCCGGUGACCUGUCCAAUGGUGUGGGACCAGCUGCAGACACCAAGACCCAGGAGGAGCCGCUCAAUGGCAUAGAUGGCCACCACGUCGCCCCAAUGUGAUGUCGACAGAGUACAGUGGGGACUGCUGUGAGCUGAAAGGUGCUGAUCUGUGGGUUCUCAGCCUGAGACAUUCCAGCCUUCUCUACAGAGGCUGCAACAACUUGGUCCAUUUAUUUUCUAGUUUUGUAAAAAAGGAAAAAAUUGUAAACACUCAGUAUUCCUCAGUUUGUAAUAGCUGUGCUUUUUAUUGUCAGUUCUCUUCUGUUCAGCUGAAUUGCUGCAAAUAAUGAAGCACUGCAAAAUCAGUUUUAUAGGUGCAUGAAGCUUCGACAGAAGCAGCCAAAGAGAGUGGGAGAGAUUAUAUGAGGCAGAAAAAUGUUGCUAAAGUUAACUGGUGAUGCAAUACUGUGCAGUGUAGAAACUUUCACAAAUGUAACAUUUCAGUGGACUUAUUAAAUAUGGGCAAUUGCUUACCUGGUAAACUGUGAGCAAAAGUAUGACAAUAAUUAUUACAAUAUUGGAAAAAGUUCUGACCAGGAAAUCAAUAAUCGUGUGAUGAAGAACAAUACUACAGAAGGGAGGAGGCAUUGGAUGGUGUAAAGAUGGCUGAAUAAUAUUGUUGAAUGGCAUAGAAAAGAUGCCUCCAAAAUAAAACUAGUUGCCUAUAAAAGGUCACAGAUACAAACCAAUCAAAAAAUUUGCACAUGUACGUUUUCCAUCAUAUUUACUGCACUGUAAUUAUUUUUCUAGAGCAUGUUGCACUUUAGAAGAAUCUGUCUUGUCUUGUGUGUAUGGGUUC